AGUCUGUGCGCGCGCGUGAGUGUGUGUGUGUGUGUGUAUGUAUGUGUGUGUGCGAGCGCGCGCGCGCGGCAUCGCCCAUCUGCAGCAUGGACACAGAGCUGUAAAAUGGCACGAUUAGGAACCAAACGACGGAAAGUCGGAGUUUAUUGAGUCUUAAAACGCGAUGCGCGCCGUUAUAAUGAGCGGAGGGGAUGCAAGUAAGAGCAAGAGACCUUAUUCACACCGGACACAUUCAUGCGGAGAUUUUAUUUUUUCAGUGCAUGUGUUUUUCUGCAUUGCCUGCUUGACUAAUUCUGAGAAUAAUAAUAAUAAUAAUAAUAAUAAUAAUAAUAAUAAUAAAACGGUGCCUGCUCCAGCCUAGUGCAUGGUGUGGUGUGCUUCUGUUGGAGAUGAUGCAGCAUGAUGCACUGCAGCUUCGCCUCUCACUUUCGGCUUUCACCAGUGCACGAGCCCGGUAUCUGAAUGCAUACCAUUCUCAGGAGAAAAUGAGAAUUUUUACCAGUUCAGUGGGAAAUACUGCUGGAGUGCAAUUUCUUUAACACACAAAAUGCAACCUGAGCCAAAUAGGGAAUGGAAACAUGUCUAAUGCAGUCAGGACAGUUCAAGCUCUCCCAAACGCACACUCAUACACAUACACAUACACACAUAUACAUUCACACACACACUGGGAGGGUAGAGGUGUUGGGGUUGGGGGGGGGGGGUAGGGGACAGUCCAGACUGCUCAUUUCAGCAUCUUUCAAUGCAAUUAUGCAGUCAGAGACUCCACCUGGCUUUAUUAGGGCCAGUGUUUGAUCAUCUGUAAAGGAUGGAUACAUAAAAAGGUCGAUGACAGCGUCCCGUUUGCUCGGCAUCCUCAUCUGGGUGGAGGAUCAGGAUCACUGCAGCACAGAGCAACGCCGAGCCGCACCGCACCGCACCGCACAGACAAACGCAGAGGACCCGCAACUCAGAAGGACCUACAAAUGAUCUCACUGUGUGUUUUGAGGGUCAGAGGUAAUCCUGGAUCCUCAUCGGACGUGUGAGAAGAUCAAAGACGUAGUGUGCACUCUUCCCCUACCCCUCCCUCACCCACUCUUCCCAUCAUGACCGUGGCUACAAGUGACCACAUAGAUGAAGCUGCGGCUCAUCCGGGUCAACCUCAGGACACGUACGACCCAGAACCAGACCACGAGUGCUGCGAGCGAGUGGUCAUUAACAUCUCAGGUCUACGAUUUGAGACACAGCUUAAGACGCUCUCUCAGUUCCCUGAUACUUUACUCGGGGACCCUAAAAAGAGGAUGCGCUACUUUGAUCCGCUAAGGAACGAGUACUUUUUUGACCGGAAUCGACCCAGCUUCGAUGCCAUUCUGUACUAUUAUCAGUCCGGCGGAAGGCUACGGCGGCCAGUUAAUGUCACUUUGGAUAUUUUCUCAGAGGAGAUCCGCUUCUAUGAACUUGGCGAAGAAGCCAUUGAGAUUUUCAGGGAAGAUGAAGGAUUUAUUAAAGAGGAAGAGAAACUACUGCCGGAGAACGAGUUUCAAAGGCAGGUGUGGUUGUUGUUUGAGUAUCCAGAAAGUUCCGGUCCAGCCCGGAUUAUUGCCAUCAUUUCCGUCAUGGUCAUCUUGAUUUCAAUCGUCAGUUUCUGCCUAGAGACGCUACCUAUUUUUCGCAAUGAGGACAUGAAGAUGCACAAAACCUACAACAGUGACUCCAACUCCACAGUGAGCUAUACAUCCACCUACUUCACUGACCCCUUUUUCAUCCUGGAGACACUCUGCAUCAUCUGGUUCUCCUUUGAGUUCCUCGUCCGUUUCUUUGCCUGUCCAAGUAAGGCAGGCUUCUUUGUGAACAUCAUGAACAUCAUUGACAUUGUCGCCAUCAUUCCAUAUUUCAUCACACUGGGGACUGAAUUGGCCGAAAGCCCAGAAGAUGGUCAACAGGGUCAACAGGCGAUGAGUUUAGCAAUUCUCAGAGUGAUCCGAUUGGUGCGAGUCUUCAGGAUCUUCAAGCUCUCACGCCACUCAAAAGGUCUUCAGAUUCUGGGUCAGACUCUCAAGGCGAGCAUGCGAGAACUGGGGCUUCUUAUCUUCUUCCUGUUCAUCGGAGUCAUCCUCUUCUCCAGUGCCGUGUACUUUGCAGAAGCAGACGAAGCAGAGUCACAGUUUGUCAGCAUUCCGGAUGCUUUUUGGUGGGCAGUAGUAUCUAUGACCACUGUAGGAUAUGGAGACAUGGUUCCGACCACCAUUGGGGGUAAAAUCGUUGGUUCGUUGUGUGCUAUCGCCGGUGUCUUGACCAUCGCUCUUCCUGUCCCUGUCAUCGUGUCCAACUUUAACUACUUCUACCACAGAGAGACAGAGGGAGAGGAGCAGGCACAAUACCUCAAUGUGACCAGCGUCCCUAAGAUUGAUUCGGCGGAGGAUCUGAAAAAGAGCCGAAGCGUCUCCAGCAUGAGCAAGUCUGACUACAUGGAGAUCCAGGAGGCCGUGAACAACAGCAACGAGGAUUUCCGUGAGGAGAACCUCAAAACCGGCAACUGCACACUUGCUAACACCAACUAUGUCAACAUCACCAAGAUGCUCACUGAUGUAUAGCUGGAUAUUUAUAGCUAGCAGAGGACAGAUUGAAAAGCUUUUUUGGAAGAGAUAUGCCAUGUUUAUCCAUUUUUCCAUGGCUUUAGGGUGCUGAAGAUCUGAGAAGUUGCAACUGAAGUCGCAGAUGAUCAACAGAUCUCUUGGAGAAUGUGAAAUAAUUCCAGUUGUACUGGAUUUGAGAUAUAUCUAUGCGCGCUAAUCACGCCCAUCACCAUAACCUUAACUAUUCACCAACUGCAGCAGGAAUACCUAUCACUUAUUUAUAAUCGGGAGACCAUUCCCUCAUCUCUGCUUGUAGCCAAAUUCGUAGCCAAACCACUAGAAAUGCUAGCAAAGGUAGCAUAAGGGACCAUUGCUAAACUGCCAACUCAUAGAGAACUUUCCUCUUCACUGAUAAACAAAGAGCUAUAAUAAAGAAAAAAAAAGAAAGUGGAUCACACACUAAAAGCAUACUGCCAGCCACUGCAGCAUUCCACAUGUGAUGUAACAUUCCUCUCUGCGAAGCAAUGAGAUAAUGAAGGUGUACAGUCGAUUAAAAAAAUCAAGGUCCACUACCAAGAACUGGUAUUAUUUCAUCAGUUAUCAAACACUAACAUGGUGAUUUCUCAAUUGUCAUGCUGAAAGCAUAUGUAACGGUAAUGACUGCGAAAAUAUAUGGUGUUACUCGUUAAGAGACGACAACAAGUAACACGAUUUAUAAAAAUUAGCUGAGGAAAUGUGGAUCAGUGUUCGAUAACACUUGAGGAAAUAAAAUCAUGUAGUGCAGUCAGAUUUUUCUACUCGACUGUAUGUGUGUGGCAAUGGAGUAAAUGUGUCUCAUUGCAAUAUUUAUUCAUGCCAUUUUCUUUUAUUAUUUAUUCACGAGACCUCUUCCUGCACUGUAUUUCAACAAUGUGAUGUGAAGGAAUUUCUUUUUUCAUUUUUUUCUUUCUCUCACAUAGGGUUUGUAGCUAGGACGUGUAACAUGGAAUGACGUUCUCUGGGGUAGGGGGAAUUCAGUUUUCUUGGGUUGGGCUAUGGCAAGGUCCAUUUUUACGUUGCUGUUUUGUAGACGGUUUUCCACCGAAGAACAUGGAGGAGGGUGAGGUUGUGUUAUUCUUUACUGUUUUGCAUUGUUGGGUGAAUAUGAGGUUGUCAGGGGCUGUAUUCACAAAGAAUCUUAAAAGUUAAAAGUAGCUUCUAACUGGCAGAUUUAGGGGAAACGCUUAAAAAAUAAACGUCUUAAUCCUAAUAUUAGACAAUUUUUUGUGUUUACAAACUACAAAGCCGUCAACACACUAUGGUAUAGUCCGCUACAUGGACUCUGGAAACCAAUACUCUAAUUCUAUGUAAUACACACUAGCCACUAUAUCUAUAUGUUUAGUGCUACAAAUAUUAGUAUCUAUAUCUGGAUUCAGGUAUAAAUCCAGAGUGGGCGUGGCCUAAAUGCAUUUACAGCGUUUAUUUCUGACAUGCUGACAGUUGUGGCAUUUCUACAUAGGCUAUGCUGACAUUUUUGACGUUAGCAUUUAGACGUCCGUUUUCAUGUAUGAAAUGAGCAACAGUUUUGUUUUCAUGGCUUUUUUUUGCACUUGGAUCUCACACCUGCCAAUCCCAGAAACAUGCCAACAUCAUUCCUACUCUUAGUUUAAGAAUUCCUUUGUUAAAAAAAAAAACAUCUCUCAGCACUUUUGUUGAAAAGUUUUAAGAGGCAACAUUUAGUUAAGAACUUUUACUGCCACUUAAGAGAACUCUUAAUGGCAAGAUAAGGUUCUUUGUGAAUACAACCCCAGCUGUGCAAUUUUAUACCUCAAAAUAUUCCCCUCAGCCACGUGCCACUAGAAGCACGUGCAAAAUCAUCUGCUAGUUAUCUACUGCACUGCCUUUCAUAUAAAUCGUGUAUCAUAAUCAUGUAAGAUAAACGCAGGUUGUUAAAAAUAAUAUUCUGUCAGGUUUGUGUAUGGCCCGUUUGUGAUAUUCCCAAUCCAGUGGUUCUUAGUUUGCAGGAAUGUACCAACUCUGGAGUAGGAAGUGUAAUGGUUCUUGCGGUGGAAACACGUCUACUAUCAGAGUCACAGUAUGACAGCAAACGUUGACUGUUAUUUAAAUGAUACCUCAGUAUUAAGUACUGAGUACAAGAACGUGGAAAAUUUGGGGCAAAACGAUCUUCGUUUGCUAAGUGAGUGGGUUAGCCCAUUCAAUCAAUCACAAAUCUUAAUCAUGUGACAUUACUGUUAGUCUUUCUUUUUAUUUAACAUUUUGAACACACAAUAAAAAUAAUUAACCCGGCUUUAGCUAGCUUACUAACUAACAUUAAUGUUAGCAAGUUUGACACACUUGGCUAGCUACAUAAUAUUGAUUAGCUCUUGCUCUAAUGUGGUAAUGUUAGUUAGCUAAGCUAGCUAACAUUAGAUAAGCAGCUAGGCCAGCUGCUACAUUAAUGUAAAUUAUGUGAUAUUAUAUUUUAUGCUGUAAAACUGGAAGUAAAAAAAAAAAAAAGGCUAGCACUGAUGUCGCAGAUGUCGCAGGUUUUUGACUGACAAAUGAGGACUUAUGAGGUGAAGAUGAACAUAGCAUAGUUCUGCAAGGGGAGGGGCUUUAAUCCUUCUUUAAUACAGGUCACCAAAGAGAUAACUCACUGCCACUACAUAUGACCUGUAUUUUUUUUGUUUUUCAUUCUUUUCACAAAAAUGUCAGAUGCUGGUGAAACCUGUAUAAAAAAAAUACAGACAUGCUUACUUAAGACACCUUUAUAUAAGAUAGGAUAUAAUAGUGCAUGCAUGGUUAAAAACAUUCCCUGUAGCAUGCAUGAGAUACGAAAAACUACUUAACUCACAAAUAUAGUAAUAAGUAUUCCUAUCUCUAUCGGUAUCUAUGAAUAUUUUCUCUGUGAGAUUAACAGUAUGUGCAAUAUAGAAAUAAUCUGUGCCGUGAAAUUUCUAAUUAUGUUUUUUUAGGUUUGUAUGACAUCAUGUUUGUAUGGGAGUGCUAGUGUACACUUUCAGGGUCUCACUGCAGGAAGGUUGUCUGUUUCUCUGUUAGACGCAGCACAUAUGAAGCUCUAUAAUGUUUUUCACAAAAGCCAGCCAUGCGGUAAAUUUUAUCCUGCAUUGCCAAUGUAAAACAAAACAAAACAAAAAAAAAACCUCUGAAUCUGAGUACAAAGUAGCACAAAAUAGUUAGAUGCAAUAUUCGCUAGAAAACUGCCCCAAUUCUUAAGCCAGCUGUGCAAUUCUCAAAUUUCUCAAUAUUUCUCCUAAAACAAUUCCAUCACUUUGCUAACAAAAAUCCAAACCUGUGUCUCAAAUCACAUACUAUGACAUAAUGCUUAAAUUGAAUCUAGAAAGUCAGUACACAGAACAUAGACAUGCAUUUGUACACGAGAGACUGAUCAAUUUAAAUACUAAGAAAUUGAUACAUUUCUUAGUGUUUGCUGUGCUACUGCUUAUUAUUUUCGAAUGCUUAUUAUAUUGCUUAUUAUUUUAACUUACUGUCUAUUAACAGUUCAUUUGAACACAAUGACAAAUUUUUUAUGACUAACCUCUGUUAGCUAUGCCAGAUCUGCCCAAGCAUACUGUAGCUAUCGAUCUGACGACUCUAAAGCUGCGGCUCAGAUCUACAAAGUUCCUACUUGUUAUUAUCAACUUCUGAUCACAAAGCGUUCCAGUGCUUGGCGCUCAAAAAGAAAAAGACUGAGCUUGCGUCAUCUAAAAACAGAAACAUCCCACUCACCUGCAUAAACUGCAAACUGGAGUGAAUGACAGUUACACCACAUUCACUGAUAUCCACAGCGGAAAUGUUAGCGUUAAACAGCUAGGCCUUUCAUUUUGUUGUUAUUUGUUGUCCCUGGAAACAUAACAGUUUAUUUUAUCGUUAAGUUUAACCCAACUAUACCUUGUAACAAUCUAAAAAUUUCUUAAGAUGAGCGUCUACCGAUAAUGGUGUGACUCGUCGUGUGUGUUAGCAUUACGUCACAUUAGAAGUUAACUUGUAAGUAUGAAAAACAAACAGAUCUCUGGACGAAUUUUGUUUGCACACAGCAGUAGCUUGUAUUUUAGGCUUAAAAAGUCUCACUGCCAGUUUCCGAGGUGCCAACAUUUACGGUUUAGUUGUAGCAUUUAGAAGUUUUCAUGGUACCUAAAAACUCUUUUCUGCUUUUUUAGCUAAAGUAACACUCUGACCAAAAGCGAAUAAAAUUCACUUGGCAGAAAAGCUAAUUCACUGAAGGGGAAAGGACACAGUACAUGAAAGUUGUUCAUUUGAUCCUGAUAGCAGUUACUUUUACUUUGAGCCAAUGUCUAGGUAUCUAGAUAAUCUCUGAUGUGUGAAUAGGCUAACCUUUUUCUGUGAACCAAAAGAAAACAGGAGGCUGAUGCUGUGGUCACUGGUCAGGAAAAGCACAAGGUAGAAUGUUUAUCAUUUGUGCUGUUAGCAUGGAGCCGCCUCGUCCUCUGACAUAUGCUAGGGUUUUUUCUGCUACAAUUCUCUCUGCCUGCUAGAAUUUUCUUGUUAGCAAUGUUGGCUUCUUUGCAAUUUAAGCUAUAAACAUUGUUAACGUAAUAAUAUUGCAUAUCAGCUUUUCAGUCAGGGUAGAUCAAGGUGACAAUCGCAUGUCAAGCACCUGUAUCGUAGCAUAGCGAUUUUCAACAUUCUCACAUCAGGACACCAAAACAUACAUAUUAAAAAGCUUGAGUUAUGAUCAUCAGUGUAGCACUGAAAACUAAACAUAUUAUCAAAUAUGGUUAUUCAGUUAAAUAAUUAGAGUAAAUCAGAAAACCUCCGGUGCAGUGACUGACUUUUGGUGAAAUUUGUAAAGGUAGCUUUUUCUACAGAAGUAUGCAAUUUGAGACAUACCUGGCAUACAGUUUCAAAAUAGAGUUACUGCUGUUUUAAAUAACGACUGACUGCCAGGACAGGAAUGAAAGACCUGUGCUGUAACACAAUAACACAAUGACAACCUUCUUGUAAAGCAUGUUCAUUCAAUUAUAAUUAUGAAUUAUCUGUUAUUUUUGUUAAGCACUGCUGAGGUUAUCAGCUGGUGGAACCUGUGGUUUCCAUACAAUAUAUAACUAGUGUUUUUUUAUACACACAGACAGGAAUAGGGGAUAUAUAUAUCUCCCCUAUUCUUCUCAUCUCAGUCUUUCCACUUCAACUAUUCCUCUCCUGUUCUUCCGCUGUGCAUCUUCCUGAAUGUAGCUUCAGGGCUAGCAGCUUUCAUGUGCAGCUUCAUGUGACUGCAUGCAGUUGAUUUUUCUGUUUCGCUUCCGACUGUAACUCCACCAGGGUAACAGGAUGCUAUUUCUAGAGAUCUGGUCUCUAACGCUGUUCUCUCAGAGUCGAAUAAUUAUAAAGCACAUAUGAUUACUGUAAAAAUAAAGUCCUACAGUUAAUAUUAGUUACAGCUGCUUAAAGGAGACUCUUACGAGUGUGUUCUAAUGUACUUUCCAUAACCGCCUCGCUAUACUGAAUAUAUGUACUGCAUAUUCUAUCUGAUAUACAGCUAUACCGUUCAUAUGAUAUAGUUAUAAUACCCAAGAGAUUUACAGCGAUAGAGUUCGAUACACAGCCAACAUGUUAAAAGGCUAAAUGCUUUUAUCGUCAUCCUCAAUGCUAGCUUAAGCGUAAUAAAAUGCCUUUGCUAUUUUACAGCAUUUCUCUGUAGUUAUAACUAUUACUUAAAUCCAAAAUAUUUCCUCCAAGCACAAACAACUGAGGAUUAAAGCUGAAAUUUAUAAAAGCUUUGCCUCUUCUUGCAAUGUACAGUACAUGGAUGAGUGAUCAGAUCAAGCCUUCGUUUCUCAGCCAGUUAAUUCACAUCAUAGUUUAGGUAAAAUAAAAAUGUACACAAUGUAAAUGAACUGAAAUGUAAUCGAACAAAGAAGAAGUGUGUGAUGUUUGCUUUUUUAGUUUUGUACUGGAGCUACAAGGCUAACUAGUAAGCUGCCAGUUUAGCAUCAUGUAAGCUGCAUGGCUUGGGUACAUUUCAUUUUUGGUUGAACAGUUGCUUUACUUUCAUGUACAAAGCUUUUUUUGUAGGAUUAAAAAAAAAAAUGAGAAGAAGUGGAGGACUAAUCUCCUGUCCUAAAACGUGCGCACUUUAUAAAAACCACUGGAUGAAACACUGGACUAUGUAUGAAAAAAAACCUUCAUCUGAGAUGCAUUGUAUCCUUCCAAAUAAUAAUACUAUAAGGAUUAGUAUUGAUGAUGAUGAUGAUGAUGGUGUCAAUAAUGAUUAUGAUAAUAAUAACAAUAAUAUAAAUCAUGAUAUUAACUGA